GCAAUUAAGGAUUAGCACCAGGCUCUUCAAAUGCUUUGCAAUUCAACAGAAGAAAAGUAUAAAAAUCUACAGUUUGAAUACCAAGAGUUGGUAAAAGGUGUAUGCAUCAAAAAGCAUUAGAAGCAGAUCUUCUUAACAUGUAAAAUGAAGUUUUGGCUAGUAAGAGGCAACAAAAGCUUCAACAAGAAUUGAUCGAUGCAGCAAAUGAACCUAUUUUUCUAUCACCUAUCAUUGAGCCCUGAAAUUGGUAAGAGAUCUUCAAGCUAUUCUAACCUAGGAAUGAUCUGCUUAACUUCUGUCCCAGAUCGACCCACACAAUCAACAGAGUGCCAUGAAGGAGAAGUCAUGACAGUGCGUUUUAGUCCUUCUGGAAAAUACUUUGUAACAGGUGGUUCAGAUCGAAAAGUUAAAAUCUGGGAAAUAGAUGGAAGAGGUGCAUUUAAGGAGUUAGCAAUUUUAACUGGUUGUCGACAAUCUGUAACUUGUACAAGAUUUGAUCUUUUGGAAAAAUUGAUCUUGGCUUCGUCAAAUGAUAAUGCUUGUUGGAUAUGGAGUAUAAAUGAUUUAAGAUUACGACAUACUUUGACAGGACACAGCAAUAAAGUAAUGACAGCAAAGUUUCUUGGAACAGAUUCGAGCAAAAUAGCGUCUGGAAGUUAUGAUAGAACAAUAAAAGUAUGGGAUUUAAGAAGCAAAGUUUGCACUAAAACAAUCUUUGCAGGAUCCAGUUGUAAUGAUCUUGUUACAUCAGACAUUGCAGGGACUACUAUUAUUAGUGGCCAUUUUGAUAAAAAAAUUCGCUUCUGGGAUAUAAGAUGUGAUCAAAACUCUAAUGAGAUUCAGCUUCAAGGCAAAGUUGCAUCUUUAGACUUGUCCCAAGAUAUGAAUUAUCUUUUGGCUUGCACGCGAGAUGACUCACUAAAACUGAUUGAUUUAAGAAGAAAUCAAAUUGUAUCCACAUACAGCCCAGAUGCUCAAUAUGCUUUAUGUGGGUCACAUGACAACAAUAUUUAUGUAUGGAAUACACGCACAAACCAACUCGAUAAAGUUCUUAAGGAACAUAAGAGCGCUGUUAUUGCAACAGCAUGGCAUCCGCAUGGAUCUAGUAUUUUAUCAAGCGACAAAAAUAAGCACGUUAUUUUGUGGAAUGACUUUUGAAAAUGAUUUUCAAAUACGGUUUGAAGUGCUUUGAGAAUCCAAAAGCAACGUUGUCAGUUAAACAGUUCCCGCUUUAGAUCUAAUAUGGCGCACUUUGGUUUAAUAUCAAUGUAGAUUCUUAUUGUUUUUGUGGUGUGCAUCUGAUGGUGUUAAUCGUUUUUGUUAAAACAGUUUUAUAUUUUAAAUACUAUUCCUGUUGGCUAUAUACCCUCAAGUUGUUGCUAUUGACAUCAAUGUGUAUUGUUUGAAUGGAUAUUUAGUAAAUAAGUAGAGAAUAAAUGGUAUUAAAAGUAACCGAGUUUAGCAAAAAAACUACAAAUUGAAUUACGAUCAGAAAUCGUAAUUAAACUCUUUGUGUAUGAUCAACAUGAUAAAAAAAAACUUUAAAACUUUUGAAAAGGGCUAGAUAAUUUUUGCUAUUAGUAAAUGUUUUAACUUUUUAUAUUUAGCAAAAAAAUUUUAUAUUAUGUUCGCUUAGCUCAUACAUAAAAUCAAAUUAAUUGGUUGUUGGAAACGUUUACGGUAUGCCAUCUUCAUUAUGUACGAGAGAUUUCACGUAGCUGGCAGAUUAUAAGUACGAAUCGGAUUUCUGUAUUUCUUGAACCCUCAAGAGAAUUUUAUUAAACUUAUUUUUAAUCUUUUUGACAAAUUUUAUGAAUAAUUACUGUUUAAUAUUUUGUAUAUUAGUAUACAGAACUUUUCGUUUUGAUAUUUAUAUAGAGUAUAAUUGUAUGAUAUGAAAUCUCUAAGAAUUAUAUCCAAUUUUGUAUUGAAA